CAGUAAGACGUGGCAAUUCGUGACGUCACCAGUACGCGGCCAUUUUCGACAGGGCCAGUGGUUGGGGGUUCCCCGUGCUUAAUCCAAAAAGUCGGAUUGGCGUCUAGUUGGUUUUCUAGGACACUUUUUGCUUUCCUCGGACCCGUCAAAAGAACAGGUGCAGGAAGAUGAUGGAAGAGAGUGGAAUAGAGACUACCCCGCCCACCACCCCCACGGCCCCCCUGAGCGUGGCGGCAUCCAUCGCCCCCCCGCCCCUCUCGACAGGAGUGGCGAGCCCGCUGUCCCUCCCCAGCACUGUGGGGGUCACCUCCUUCGCCCCCGAGGGCUUCUCCACCCCCGUCCCCGCCAUCCCGCCCGCCUCCGUCCCUCCCAUUCGGUCCUCCGCCCCCCCUCUGUUCCAGUCCCCGCUGCCCGCCGCCGCCCCGCCCCCCAGGGGCAUGCCCCCCGCCUUCGCCAGCCCCAUGGGCGGCUUCCCCCCCGGCCCCCCCCUCAGCACCGCCGCCCCCCCUCCGCCGCCCGUCAUGUCGGCUCCGCCCACGGGCCCGCCCACCUCCGGCUUCACCGUGACCGGCGGCUAUGACAUCACGCGCGGGCACGCCGGACGAGCGCCACAGACGCCCCUGAUGCCCAGCUUCUCCAGCGCCCCGCCGGGGCCAGGGGUGGUGGCGAACCCCAUGGUUCAGCAGCCGGCCAUGUCGGGGGGGGGCCUGGGGACGGCGUCGCCCAUCACCUUCCCCGAAGACCGCGAGGACCCCCACGCUGCCGUGGAAAUCAACACCGGAGGCUUGUGGGGCUUCUUCAAGGGCGUGGCAGGGAACCCCAUGGUGAAGACGGUCCUCGAUAGGACCAAGCACUCCGUGGAGUCCAUGAUCACCACCCUGGACCCUGGCAUGGCUCCCUAUAUCAAAUCUGGGGGUGAUCUGGACAUCGUGGUCACGUCUGAUAAGGAGGUGAAGGUGGCGGCCGUCCGCGACGCCUUCCAGGAAGUGUUCGGCCUCGCCAUGGUGACCGGGGAGGCGGGGCAGUCCAACAUCGCCCCCCAGCCUGUGGGCUACGCUGCGGGAUUGAAGGGUGCUCAGGAGCGGAUCGACAGCCUGCGCCGGGCCGGGGUGAUCCAUGAGAAGCAGCCCGUCGUCUCCGUGGAGAACUUCAUCGCCGAGCUCGUCCCGGACAAGUGGUUUGACGUGGGCUGUUUGAUCCUGGAGGAUCCCGGUAAUGGGAUCCGCAUUGAGACCUUCACUCAGGCCACGCCCGUGGCCCUGGAGCACGUCCAGCAGGCGCAGGCGCUCACCCCCCCGGACUACACGCUGGGCUGGUCGGGCCUGCAGGUGACGGUGGGCGAGGUUCUGGAGCGCAGCUUCCCCCACGUGAGCCGGACCGACUGGCACCUGGCCCUCACCGGGCUGUCCCGGCGCCAGAUGAUCUGCAGCGCCGCCAAGGCCCUGGCGGGGAUGUACAAACAGCGGCUGCCCCCCAGGACUGUCUGAGGGGGGCGUGGGGGGGGCGGGCGGCGCUUUUUCAUCGUUUCGUUUUUUAGUUUUUUUAUUAUUUUUUUUUAAGGAGGUUGGGCGUGGGGGUCAGGGGUCAGUGGGAGAGUAAGAGGUGGAACUGUCCAAUCAGAAUCAGACUGUGCCCCCCCCCAUCCUCUGUGGGGAAGACACGUGUACAUUUAUAUUUUAACCCGCUUUUUUUUUUUUUUUUUUUUUUGGUUGUUUUUGUUUUUUGUUUUUUUAUAAAGUUUUUUUUUUUUUUUUGGAGGUAAAUUUAUUAUCUGGAAUCUAAAAACAUUCCAGCUACGGGGGGGAUGGGGGGAGAAUGCGUUUCCUUAGUGUGUGGAAGAUCAGUGAGGUCAUUCUCGGAGCCUUCUCCAGAGCUCUUCCAAGAAUGGUUUUGUAGGACGUCUCGUAAAAAAUGCAGUUUUCGUUAUAAAAUUGAUUUUCUGGAAUGACUAAUCGAAGCCAGUGAAGAGAGUGGAGUGUCUUGAUUUCAGUCCUCCUCUGCAGGAUCUCUGAUUAUAAAAUGACAGAUACCAUAUGCCAAACUGAGUGAGAUUAAUGCCUUCUCUUUAUUUUCUCUGUUCUUUAAAGUUAAUGAGGAAUAUCUGUGUGUAUGUGACAGCCCAUUAACUAUUUUUACAUGGCAUUUCUAAGGCAAAUCUCUUGGUCUGAGUUCAAGUUAAAUUGCUAGGUUAGCUGGACUGGACUUGAGUUGAGAUUUUGGGUAGUAUCUAGUGGAGAGGCUUGUAUAAAAAGAAGAAAAAAAAACUGCCAUAUUUCCUAGUUAUUUGCACCAGCUCCCUUCAGUGUCAAGCAUUUCAGCCUCGUCAGUGUCCAAGUGCAGGUUAUGAAUUUGAGUCAGGCACGAGAAAAAAAUUAAAAAAGAACAUGAAGGUCAUGCAUUUAAAUAUUCGCUCAUCAGCAAAUUAUCGUCCGGGUUUGAGAAUGUAGGCCACCCCCUCCCCCUGCCCUCCCCAGCCUCUCCCCCCCCCCCCCCCAACUCUGCACGGCUGUCUGUCUGACAGGUUGAAAGGUGGGAGGGGUCCACAGGACCACAGCAGAAACCCAAACCGCACCGUGUUUCCUUCUGAAUUUGUUUCCCACAAUCCUCUGUGUCCCGAGCAACCCAGCGCAACACAGCGGGAAGUGGAUCUAACGCGGUGUCCGUAUCGCCUUCAGAAUCACUGAGCAGUUCAGAGCAGCAGCUGGUAUAAGCGUGCGUAAACAUGUUAUAACCAGCUUAUAGCGACUGGUUGCCGUGGGAAACGCGACAUAUUUUACAGCCAGAGUUCUGAUGCUUAGUACAUGCUGCGCAACCUUGCCUUGCUCUUGCCCGUGGGUGUGUGGUGGGGAUGAAAGCUUCCUCAGAUCCUCUUUAAAGUGCCGUGUCGCCAGGUUCACUAAUGACACGAUCGUUAAAACCGUGUGUGAUGCUGUGGAUCCCCGCCCGUGCCUGUGGAGCGGGGGUACCCCAGGGUGGGGUUCAGCGGGGGUACCCCACUGUGAGGUUCCGCAGGAGUACCCCGCGGUGGGGUUCCGCAGGUUUUCCAUCUCUCAUUAAUUGGCUGACUUUCUCAGAGCUGAAAAGAGGGGUUGAUUGCGUGGUUUAGGGGAGAGAAAAAAUAACCUCAACCAGAGCCUUCUAGGAACAGGAUCAAUCAUCUCUGAUACAGCCUUGAUUUUGACCUUUUUUUUUUUACUUUAAAUUGAUGUGAUUAAUUUACCAGUGUAAUUUUGUCAGAAUUUGUGUAUUGUGGUAAUUCCCAGGAAGGAAUAUUCUUAGAUGCCGUUAUCGUGUUUUUCUCGGCAUAUGCUUGCGCACUACACUCCUAAUUACCUGUUUGCCAUUUUGAAAUAAUGAUUUUUUGCCCAGAGCGAUUACAGAAAAACCCUAAUGAUCAGGCCGCUGUGAAUGACCCCUGGGUUGAGCUGUCAAAUGGAUGUGUGGGGGUGGGGGGGGGGGUGGUGAGGGAUGGGGGGAAGGGGGGGGGGGGAGUGUAUGUUUUGCUUUAACCAGCUUUUUCUGGAGAGAAAGUGUGGUCGAGUUCACGGCAGUAAGGAGGUCACCUGCGUUUUGCAAAGCUCCACCGGUGUUCGGUGAGAUUGAGCAGGCCUUCGGGCCUCUGGCUGCUGUUGCCACAGCGCCCCCUAGCUGCUCAUCGUGAACUUACGGUUUACCAUCUGUCAUUGCGAGAGUCGCGGCUCUUCUCUAAUCAGUGCUAUCCCCUCCUGUGCUACUCUCUGCCGUUCAUAACCACCAGGCAAACGUUUUUUUCGUUUUUAAGAAGUCGCUCGCCGCGAGAGCGCAGUAGAAAUUGUCGACUCCAAAAUGGGAGUUAAAAGUGAAGGAAAGUAAGAGGCCAAUAGAAGAGGAGCUUCAACUGAAGGGAACGGCAUUUAACCCGAAAACCAGUGACUGUGCUGGAUACUGCCAAUCCUUGUGUCCUGUCAGAUGUGAUUAUACUGUCCCUCUCUGUCCUUUUCAAUGUGCCUUGUUCCGCCAGGAGAGUAAAAAAUCACUUUUGCUACCGUUUA